AUAUCAUUGUAUGAAUCCGUGAAGCUGUGACAGUGAGUGUGUGUUUGACAUUAAAAUCUUAAAAAGUUAAGGUUGAAAAUCGGCCUCUAGGCUUUCGUGUGCGUUCUUAUUCUGAAUAAAUAUUAUUGUGAAUCUUUAGAAUGACAGCUGCAUCAGAUAAAAAAGAGAAGGCAGAAGAUGUGCCCAAGAAAGGAGAAAGCAUCGUUGUGGAUGGAGGUCGCCUCGUCAAGAUGGAGGUUGACUACUCGACUACAUGUGAUGAGAAAAUCCCUGUAGCCUACAGGAUGGCUGAAGAGGGCAACGUUGCUGAGGCUGUAGAGUCCCUGAUGGGACUUGAGAAGCAGACAAGAACUGGCGGUGAUGCUCACUCCACAAGUCGAGUCCUUGUGGCCAUUGUUGAGAUUUGUUUCAAGGCUGGCAAGUGGGAUUUGCUCAAUGAAAAUAUUGUCAUACUUACCAAGAAGAGGUCGCAGAUCAAGAUGGCUGUCACAAAGAUGGUGCAGAGGUGCUGUGAAUAUGUGGAUCAAGCUCCAGACAAGGAUACAAAGCUCAAACUCAUGGACACUCUCAGAACGGUGACUGCUGGUAAGAUUUAUGUUGAAGUUGAGAGAGCGAGACUGACUCACAAGCUGGCGCUGCUGAAGGAGGCAGACGGAGACCUUGAGGCAGCAGCGUCAGCCAUGCAGGAGAUGCCUGUUGAGACCUUUGGUAGCAUGGAGAAAAAGGAAAAGGUGGAGAUGAUCCUCGAACAAAUGCGGCUGUGUUUGGCCCGUAAAGAUUAUGUCCGCACACAAAUCAUCAGCAAGAAAGUUACUAUCAAGUUCUUUGAUUCCGGCAAAGUCAACGACCUCAAACUCAAGUUCUACAGACUGAUGAUUGAGCUUGAUAGUCACGAGGGAAGCUUCCUGAGCAUCUGCCGCCAUUACCUCGCCAUCUACAAUACCUCUGACAAGUCUGGUAUUGAUGACAGUGAAUCUUCAGACUCAAAAAAAGAUUCAUCAAAAGAUGAAAAGAAGUCUCCUCCCAAGAAGUCCGAAGCCACCAAAAAGUCUGAGUUUGCCCAAAAAGUUGAAGAAGCUAAACCUGCUGAGCUGAGCCCCGAAGAAACUGCUGAAAAGCUGAAGGUUUUAAAGCAUGUGGUGCUCUACCUGAUCUUGGCUCCCUACGACAAUGAACAAAAUGAUCUCUUGCAUAGAGUCAAGAUGGACCCAAUGUUGGCCCAAAUACUACUCUAUAAGAACUUACUGCAGCUAUUUGCGACGGAGGAGCUCAUCAAAUGGUCAGGCUUGUGCUCGGUGUACGAGGCGGAGCUUCGCUCUGACGCUACCGACGUGUUCAGUCGAGACAGCGACCAGGGCAACGAGAGGUGGACGCAGCUGCGCAACAGAGUCGUGGAACACAACAUCCGCAUGAUGGCCAAGUACUACACAAGGAUCAAGCUCGACAGAAUGGCAGAGCUCUUGGAUUUGGCGCCCAAGGAGUGUGAGGAGUUUCUAUGCCAGCUUGUGGUAGGUGGCACGAUCAUCGCUCGUACAGACAGGCUGGAAGGCGUGGUCAGUUUUGGCACUCCGCCUGAACACAGCGCGCGCCUCAACUCCUGGGCAGCGUCUCUGCAUUCCCUCAUGGCACUCGUGAACCGCACCACACAUCUCAUCAACAAGGAGCAGAUGGUGCACACACACCUCCUGCCUGGCUCCAUGAAGGCUCUGGUACCCAUGGACGAGUGAUUCAUUAUUCCCCGUGUGGUUGGGGAACUUUUGAAAUCAACUACAUCUACAGUGAAACAUCAUGGUUUAUUCCUAUGUACAUCAUGGUUUAUUCCUAUGUACAUCAUGGUUUAUUCUUAUGUACAUCAUGGUUUAUUCCUAUGUACAUCAUGGUUUAUUCCUCUGUUUAUGUUCUUUCUAUGUAUCAGUAAGAUCUUUGUCAACAUACACGCAGGGUCUUUCUAUUCUAGACAGGUUGCUUCAUAGCCAUGUUAGGACUUUGCCGUUGGAUAUUAAUUUAUAUUAUCUUAUCGUCCAAGAAGUUCUAUGUCCCCAUAGACGAGGCAAUUGAGGAAGCUAUUGUGUACCGUACUUACAGCGCUGCGAUAAUUCUGAACUUUUUCCGUUAUAUGGCCCAAUGAGCUCACUGUUGAUUAGGAUAAAUGAAUAAUUUUUCAUAUCUCAGUGAGGUCAACUAAGGACACAGCUAGUACAAUAUCAACAAAUUACUCAAGAUUGCACAUUACUUUAGAUUAUUUAAUCAUUUUUUUAGUGAAUAAUUUGUUAACAAACGAAACAAAGUCGGCUUCAGAAGGACCAGGAUACGGAACAGGCAACCGUACGUAGCUGUGCGUAGCUAGUUAACCGUGUUCUAUGGUUCCGCUGUGGAUUAUAUUGCUAUGUUUUUUUUUAAAUAAAAUUGUACGACUUUUUCACUGGCGCAAUUUUUCUGAACCAUCGGCUCCCUCGUUAGUUGAUCUAAUAUUCGAUGAUUACAAAGCAAAACGGUAUCACAGAUUCAAUAUUUUUUUAUUUAUUGUUAGCUUACUUUUAUUGCUGUUUUUUUAAAUUUAUGUGACCUUCAUUUAUAUCAUAACGAGGGCCUUGAAAUUCUUCUUUUCUAUUUGUUAUCUGGCUUGGUAUAAAUGUAUCAUAGUCUCCCAUUCGCUCCAAUUAGUUCAAAUUAUCUCUCAACUGUCAUUCUUGAAAAGAAGCGAAAUUAAAUGA